UUACAAGAAGAGAAGUACACUGUUCGGAGAAGAGAAGGCAGAGACGAAGAGACGAUGGCGGUAGAAGACACACUCAAGCCUAAUGUUGCUACGGAAGAAUCGAAUCCCAAUUCUGUAGAUCACCCGAUCGAUCGAUACCAUGAGGAAGGCGACGAUGCUGAGGAAGGAGAGAUCGUAGACGAAUCGGGCAAAUCCGCCGUCCCUGAAUCGCAUCCGCUGGAGCAUUCGUGGACUUUCUGGUUCGAUAACCCUUCCGUCAAAUCAAAGCAGACGACUUGGGGAAGCUCCUUGCGAUCCGUCUUCACCUUCUCCACCGUCGAGGAUUUCUGGAGUUUGUACAAUAACAUUCGGCAUCCGAGCAAGCUAGCUAACGGAGCUGACUUGUACUGUUUCAAACACAAUAUUGAACCUAAGUGGGAGGAUCCUAUCUGCGCCAACGGAGGCAAAUGGACUAUGAACUUCCCUAGGGAGAAGUCUGAUAAGCCCUUUCUUUACACCUUGCUUGCAUUGAUUGGAGAACAGUUUGACCAUGGAGAUGAAAUCUGUGGGGCUGUUGUUAACGUUAGAACUAAGCAAGAAAGGAUAUCCAUUUGGACUAAAAACUCUUCCAACGAAGCUGCUCAGGUGAGCAUUGGGAGACAAUGGAAAGAGUUUCUUGAUUACAACAGCAGCAUUGGUUUCAUCAUCCAUGAGGAUGCGAAGAAGCUGGACAGGGGCGCAAAGAACACUUACACUGCCUGAAACCUAACAACCUCUCAAAUAUUUUCACCUUUUCUAUUAAAGUCUUUGUAUGUGAGAGAUCUCUUUUUAUAUCAUCAAAACAUGACUUGACCACUUUCUUUGUUCUCGAGUGUUGAUUGGCAACCAUUUCAUUUACUA